AGCAGUGACGCGGCGCGGCGCUCCGCGUCGACGGGAUCGAAGGUGCGUAUGUCGGGCUCAGUCGCACGCACACGAUUCGCGUUGACGAUAACAACGCUGAUCUUGGUACUCCGAAAAAACCCAGAAGUGCAAUGAGAUCGAUUCUUAUAACUGGCUGCAACCGUGGUUUAGGCCUGGGCUUGGUGAAGCAUCUGGUCGAGUUGCCGAGACCGCCGGACAACGUCUUCGCGACUUGUCGUGACGCGAGCAAAGCGACGGAAUUACGCGCGAUCGCCGACAAAUCGUCGAGUGUACAAAUCAUCGAGAUAGAUUUGAUGAAUACGGAUAAUUAUGAAGAGCUCGUGGAAAUAGUCAGCAAAAAAGUAAAAGAUGAUGGUCUCAACGUUCUUUUCAACAACGCCGGUGUUUCCAGCAAAUUCACGCGUCUUGGUCUUGUGAAAAAGCGGCAGAUUAUAGACACUUUCCUCGUAAACACCGUGGCACCGAUUAUGUUAACAAAGGCUUUCCUGCCAUUGCUGAAGACGGCUGCGAAAAAGUCCGAAGAUAAAACUCUAAGCGUAAAAAGAGCAGCGGUUAUCAAUAUGACAUCUGUCCUAGGCAGCAUUACUAAAAAUGACGACGGCGGCUUUUAUCCUUAUAGAUGUAGCAAGGCGGCACUUAACGCAGCGACAAAAUCAAUGAGCAUCGAUUUAAAAGCUGAUGGGAUUUUGGUGGCGUGUUUGCAUCCUGGAUGGGUACGCACCGAUCUGGGUGGCAGUAAUGCUCCGAUGGAUGUCGAUACCAGCGUUAAUCAUAUUCUCGAUACCCUAAACUCAUUAACGGAACAGCAAACCGGUUGUUUCAUACAAUAUGAUGGUAAAAUAUUGCCUUGGUAAUAGUGACUGAAUAAAAUAUUUAAACGAAACUUUUUAUACAUAAUGUGUAACAUAUUUAUAUACAGACCUAAAUAUUUUAAAUUAAUAUUAAAUAUACAUAGUGUUUGUAAACAACCAUAAAUAUACAUAUAUUUUUAUAAAAAAGAAUGCAGAAUGAAAGAAAGAUUUCUUACGCGAUCAAAUUUUGACUUGGUGUUACACUAAAUAUUUGUCUUUUUUUAAGUGGAAAUACAUUUAUAAAUUAGAUAUUUCCACAAAUCACACGUACUUUUUUUUUACAUUUUGACUGAAAUAUUUGCUAGAACAAUUCGUAAGAAUAUCUUUGUACAACAUGCAAAGAUAUUCUUAUUAAUUUUUAUAUUUUUAUACAAACAUACUACAAAUGUAUCAUAACGUUUUUCAUAAGCGAUGUAUAAUAUGCACUGAUUAAAAGACCAUUUAAAACUA